UCUCUGAUGGAGAACGGAACCCUGCGUCAAAUGAAUGCUUUUUAAAAGAUUGUUCAUUUCAUCUAGUCAACGAACAACGAGUGACAUUUGUUAUAUUGUAGUAAAUUUGAUCAUAGCAUUAUAGAUCUGAUAUCAUUCUUGCACGGCCCAGGGAACAAUUCACGUUGUUGUAAUUUAUCACCUCAGCCCACUUGGCCAAAGCCACAAGAGAGAGACAAAAUGCCAAAUUCAACCACAAGAUCCAAACGGUCAAGGCGGAAUCGACGGACAUCAAGAGAAAACUCGGCGAGGAACGAACUGGUGUCACGAUCCCUAGAGAGUGCUCAGCAAUGUCUGCAUAAUCAAGAUUAUGGCACGGCCUUUGUGCACUACCUCUUGGUUCUCAAUGUGGAGCCCAUGCUGAAAGACUUCGUAAAGGAAUCCUUCAGGUUCACUCUAUUCAAAUGGGCAGAGGAGCUGGAUUCACUUGGUCGUAUUCAGGACCUUUUUGACUGUUAUGAACAAGCUUUGGAGUUGUUUCCUGUGGAUGAGGUCAUCCUGAAUAGCAUGGGAGAACAACUCUUCAGAAUGGGUUUUAGAGACGAGGCAGCUGGCCAUUUUCAUAAAGCACUGAAGCUGAAACCUGACUUCCCGGAGGCCAAGGAGAAUUUCUAUCGGGUUGCCAACUGGCUCGUGGAGCGAUGGCACUUUCUAAUGCUUAAUGACCGCGGGCGAAAUCACAAGUACCAACUAGCCAUCCAGAAGGCUGUGCAUGGGGGCUGCAGCACAGUGCUGGACAUUGGCACAGGCACUGGCAUAUUAGGAAUGUGUGCUAAAAAGGCUGGAGCAGCAGAGGUCUACGCAUGUGAGCUCUCUAAGACAAUGUAUGAGCUGGCUUGUGAGGUGGUUGCUGCCAAUAACAUGGAAGGAAGCAUCAAAUUGCUGCAUAUGAAAUCUCUGGAAAUGGAAAUUCCUAAAGACAUUCCUAAGAGAGUAUCAUUGGUUGUUACGGAAACUGUAGACGCUGGGCUGUUUGGUGAAGGCAUCAUUGAGACUUUAAUACACGCGUGGAAUCAUCUUCUUCUACCACCUCAGAAUUCACAGGAUUCGCCUGUGAAUCCCUCUGAGACUGGCCGUGUCAUUCCUGCUGGAGCCACCGUCUUUGGAAUGGCUGUGGAAUGCCAGGAGAUAAGGCGACACCACAGGCUUUGUGUCUCUGCUGUGGGUGGCCUAGCUCUGGAUGGAGUGGGUGAAAUUCACAGUCCUGUAAGCUGUUCAGUAGAUGCAGAUGACUCCACGGAGCCCUACACAACAGAGAGACUUAGUCGUCUGCCUGGAGGAUACUUGCCCCUCACUGACCCAUUUCGAGCACUUGACAUUGAUUUCAAUGACCCUCAGGAGCUGGAGGGUCUGUGCUCCAGAGAGGUAAGCCGACUGACCUUGAAGGUAACCCAGGAGGGCAUAUUGGAUGCCCUUGCUGUGUGGUUCCAGCUGCAUUUGGAUGAGGACAACAGCCUCUCUACUGCUCCGCAUGAGAAAACGUGUUGGGAGCAGGCCAUCUACCCCAUUCAAGGCCCACAAGACUGUGAAGUAAAACCUGGCGAUACACUCCUUGUGGAAGUCUCCUGCAAUGAUGCUUAUCUGAGGCUGUGCUGUGUGGCAGUGGUGAAAGAUGGAUGUGUGCUCCGUCUAGACAGCUGGGAAGGAGGAGACAUCUGGGGCUCUGACUCUGCCUCUACCCCUGAGGUGGAGCUUUGUAGCGCUCUGGCUGGCCUGCAGACAGAUCGUGAGGGGCCUACUGAGGCCUUUAUGUUGGAGUGCUCUGAGCUUGCCCUGGUUAACAACACAAAUUACCAUGAAAACUUCCAGGCAGCUAUGGAUAAACUACUGACUCGACUCCAGGAAUCUCGCACUGGGCCUCAGAUCAUUCAGCAAGCUUUAGAACCUCUUUAUGUGUUAGACGUAAGUGAGGGCUUCUCCCUAAUAUCCCUCAUGGCUGCCAAGUUGGGUUUAAAUUCAACAGCUGGAUCUGAAUCAGCCUGUGCUCUUGUUCGAGCAUAUAGCUCAGUGGAAAAAGAGCAGCACCAGACUAUCUUGCGUCUCCUGGCUCAAGGGAACGGUGUGCCUAUGGAGGCACUUGAAUUCUGGCUCAAUCAUGUGGAGGACGAUUCUGCUGUAUUUCAGAGGCCUUCCACUGAAAAACUAUGGAGUGCAAUCGUUCUGGACUGUGUGGAGACCUGUGGACUACUGAGACAAAAGCUCAUGGAAAAAGCUACACUGGCUAGGUGUCUGUUGGAGAAUGGCGGACAUAUAUUCCCAGAGCGCAUUGUGGUCUAUGGGAAGUUGGUGGAAUCUGACAUGCUGCUCCAGGAGAGUGCCGUCCAGGGCAGAGAGCCAACACUGGGCUUCAACAUCGCACCUUUCAUCAACCAGUUCACAGUGCCUAUCCAUGUCUUUCUGGAUCUUUCCACUCUGGACUGCACAGAUCUCAGUGAGCCUGCAGAACUCUUCAGUCUAGAUCUUAUGAACGCGCACAACAAUUACCCCUCUAGGGACCUGAUGGUGCAGGUAACUUGCUCAGGCAGACUGACAGCCAUCCCCUUCUGGUAUCAGAUUCACUUGGAUGAUGAGUGGGGCGUCAGCACCUUCAGUAAGGAUUCACAUUGGAAGCAAGCUGCUGUAGUUUUACAGGAACCCCUGCAUGUUACUGUUGGGGACUGGGUUCGGCUAACUAUCCAACUCCACAAGAGCAGCCUGUCUAUCACUGCCACCAGAGAAGAAGACAAGCCUAUAAACAUGGAUGCAAGUCAGAGUGAGGACGUUGUUAGGAUGGACCCUGCAAAUGAAGAAGCAAGUGGAGUGCAUGAUUAAUUGGAAGUAUGCUCAGCAAUUUGGAAACCACUUGCUCUUGAUUGACCUCACUUUGUAUAGGACCUAAUAAGGACAAGAGGCUUAGAAAUAAACAAAAAGGAAGGCAUCCUUUGUAUUACGCAAUGAAGGGUUCAUUAAAUCUGUGUAGUACCUCACAAACGCUGACACCCAUGGGGAGACACUGUCUUACGAAAACGUAUUCGCUAACCUGCCUUGACUCACAUAUGAACUUAACUACCUUCCAAUUCCUAACCCAUAGAGUUCAAUAUGAUAUACACAUAAGUUUUCUUUUUUAUUUUCCACUGGCUGUGCGACCCUGGCUGCGCACAACUCAAUCUCUGAUUGUUGGAAACCACUGUCGGUCAAAAAAUUAGCUCACGGGGUUGGCUGCCAGUGUCUUGCCCUUCCUCACAACACCAUGUUAAUAUAUUUUUAAAAACCCAUGUAUAACCUUUUGCAGCUAUUACAGCCCCAAAUCAUUUGGGAACGCUGUCCACAAGAUUGAGAAGUGUAUUUAUAGGAAUUUUUGGCCAUUCUUCAAAAAGGGCAUUGGUGAGUCCACCAACGGAGUUCUCUGGAGUGAGGAAUCAAUAUUUUCCAUGUGCAGUGUUUCCCAUACAUUGAG